AUGAUGUUAUCGUUCGGAUACACUUUUGCUCCAGUGAUAAUUUCACAUUGGAAUCCGAAUAAUCCGAAACUACAAAACACAGGGCACAUCAAACCUAUGAAUGCUGCUGUAGCCACUUGGUAUCUCGUAGUGUUAGGCAUUCUAUGUUCAAUAUAUUUGGCUUCAUAUAUUUCUUCUUUUUUUGAUGGAGAUGCAAUAGAAUAUUUGUCGGCGAAGACAUCAUUUGAUUCGAUUAUACGAAGUGUGAUUUCUGUUGUGCUUGCUUCAUCACCACCGAAACGGUUUAUUGAAAUUAUUAAAUCGAUAGUGAUUAAUCGGCGACCGCUAAAUAAUUUUAUUCGCGAUCGUGGGGUUGUGAGCACCGGCAUGAUAGGAGACUCUUUAUAUGUAAAUAGUAUAGAAUUGUCGACACUGAUGUAA